AUGAUGACGAUUACGAUGACGAUGAUGAUGUCGAUGACGAUGACGAUGGCAAUGACGAUGAUUGUGACUAAUGAUGACAAUGAUGAUGACAAUGAUGAUGACGAUGACGAUGACAAUGACGAUGACGUCGUUGACGAUGACGAUAAAGAUGAAGAUGACGAUAACGGUGACAAUGACGAUGAUUAUGACUUUGAUGAUGACGAUGACGAUGACAAUGACGAUGAUGAUGAUGACGAUUACGAUGACGAUGAUGAUGUCGAUGACAAUUGCUAUGACGAUGUUGAUGAUGAUGACGAUGACGAAGACGAUGGUGACGACGAUGACGAUGACGAUGAUGAUGGCGAUGUAGAUGAUGAUGGCAAUGACAAUGAUUAUGAUUGA